AAGAAAAGCUGGGACCUUGUUCUCCAAAAGAGAAAAUUGAAGAAGGAAGGAAGAAUGGCUGUUGGACUUUGUAAAUCCAUGUUCCAGAGGCUGACAAGUAGAGGAAGAACCAGCAAAAGAGAUUGAGAAGGACUGAUGCAGAAGGACAACCUGAAGAGUAAGGGUCCUGGAAGUGAAAAGUAGAAAAUCUUCACGGAGGUGACGAUCAACUGAGUUAAAUUCUUCUGAGAGAGGUUGAAGAAGAUGAAGACUGAGAGCUGGCCCCUGGAUUUGGGGUUGGUAACCUUUAGGGAUGUGGCCCUAGAUUUUUCCCAAGAAGAGUGGAAAUGGCUGGACCCAUCUCAGAAGGAUUUAUACAGGGAUGUCAUGUUGGAGAACUACAGGAAUUUGGUAUUGCUUGGACUCUCCAUUUCCAAGCCCGACAUGAUCUCCCUGUUGGAGCAAGGGAAAGAACCUUGGAUGGUGAAGAGAGAGAUGUCAGGUGGUCAAUAUACAGACUGGGAGUCUUGGUAUGAAAUCAAGGAAUUAUCUCCAAUAUGGUACAUUGAUGAAGAGGAAAUAUCCCAGAGCAUAGUAAUGGGAAGAGUUACAAAUCAUGACUUUGAAUGCUCCAGUUUCAGAGAAACUUGGAAAUAUGAGGAUGAAUUUGAGCAGUGUCAUGGAAAUCAGGAGAGGCAUUUCAGGCAAGUGGCAAGUCUUAAGGAAAUAUAUGCUGUGAAAACAGACAAUGAAUAUAAUGAUUCUGAUAGAAAUGUUCUCUUGAAGUCAGUACUUUUAACACAACAGACAGUUUCUACAUUACAGUGGGUACAUAAAUUUGAUAUUUAUGAUAAAAUGUUCCCCCCAAAUUCAGUCCUAAUUGAACAUAAAAGACAACAUGCUCAGAAGGAAUCUUUGAUAGGUAAUGAAUGUAAAGAAUUCAAACAGAGUACAUACUUUAGUAAAGAUGUAGGAAUUCCUUCUGGAGAGAAACCUUAUAAAAGUAGUGAUUUUUCAAAUCUCGUAAGUUUCCAGUCAUUACUUGCUCAGCAUCAAACAGCUCAUUUUGGAAAAUUACCUGAUCAAUGUGGUGAUGCCAUUAGUUGUUACUCAUUAUUUACUCAACCUCAAAGAAUCCACAGUGGAGAGAAAGCAUAUGCAUGGAAUGACUGUGGAAAAACCUUUAGACAUGACUUCUUCCUCAGUGAACAUCAGAGAACUCAUAUUGGAGAGAAACCAUAUGAAUGUAAGGAAUGCAACAAAGCCUUUAGACAGAAUGCACACCUUGCUCAACAUCAGAGAAUCCACACUGGAGAAAAGCCCUUUGCAUGCAAUGAAUGUGGGAAGGCCUUUAGCCGUUAUGCCUUCCUUGUUGAACAUCAGAGAAUUCACACAGGAGAGAAACCAUAUGAAUGUAAGGAAUGUAAUAAAGCCUUCAGACAGAGUGCACACCUUAAUCAACAUCAGAGAAUUCAUACUGGAGAGAAACCCUAUCAAUGUGAUCAAUGUGGAAAAGCCUUCAGCAGACGCAUAGCCCUUACUCUGCAUCAAAGAAUUCAUUCAGGAGAGAAACCCUUUAAAUGUAAUGAAUGUGGGAAGACCUUUGGCUAUCGCUCACACCUUAAUCAACAUCAGAGAAUUCAUACUGGAGAAAAGCCCUAUGAGUGCAUCAAAUGUGGGAAGUUUUUCCGGACUGAUUCACAACUUAAUCGACAUCAUAGAAUCCAUACUGGAGAGAGACUGUUUGAAUGCAGUAAAUGUGGGAAAGCCUUCAAUGAUGCCUUAGUUCUAAUUCAUCAUAAGAGAAGUCAUGCAGGAGAGAAACCCUAUGUAUGUAACAGAUGUGGGAAAGCUUUCAGUUGUGGCUCAUACCUCAGUCAACAUCAGAGAAUUCAUACUGGGGAGAAACCCUAUGAAUGCAAUGAAUGUGGGAAGGCUUUCCAUCAGAUAUUAUCCCUUAGGCUACACCAGAGAAUUCAUAUUGGAGAAAAAUCCUAUAAUUGCAAUGAAUGUGGGAAUAAUUUUAGCUGUGCCUCUACCCUUAAACAACAUCAGAAAAUUCAUAAUUGAAAAACACUCUGAUUAUUACAAGAAUAAGAAAAAAACAUUUAUUCACCACUCAGUCAUUAAAUAAAUCUCAGUGAAUUCUUUGCUUAGCAAUUCUAUGAAUAUAGUACAUAUGGGAAAGCCUUCAGUUCAUGAGCAUUCCUUAUUUGAAAUAGCCCAAGUAGUAGACACCUGUUACUUUGUAAUCUGUUCUAUGCCCUUUUUGAGACUUACCUCACCCUUAAUUUGUGUGAUUCUGAUGAAACUGUUAAUCAGGGAGGACAGCGAAUUGGUCAUAGGCUGGCCAGUUAUUUCCCUGCACCUAGUGAUUAAUAAGGGAUUGGCAAAUGGCCCUGUGUGGACCAUUUCUAGAGCUCUGGUGGGAAUUAUUAUGGAUAGUAAGAGAAGUUUUUUUUCAUUGCAAGUUUCAAGGAUUUAGUAAGGUUAAAAACUUACAAGCAGGUUUUUGGGUGUUUUUUUUUUUGCCAUUACAUGAGAAAAACUUUUCCAAGAUAAAUCCAACACAGAUGAAAAUGGAGGUAAGAGAUAAAAAUCUGAUGAAAUUCUUUGAUUUCUUGGAUACAAGCAUGCCUGAACUCUACACUAUCCCUCAGUUUUUCAUUUUUGUGAUCCAGUUAAAAAAUACGGGCUUUUUUUUUUUUGCUUUAGUUAAUUUGGAUUUUUUUUCUCUUGGAAUUAGAGUCCUGAUGUAUGUACUAUAUGUUUGCUACACAUGUAAAAAAGCCUUGAUAUUUUUUUAGAUAUUUAUUUUUAGAGGGGAAGGGAGGGAGAAAAAGAAGGAGAGAAACAUCAGUGUGUGGGUGCUUCUUAUACACCCCCUACUCGGGACGUGGCCCGUAACCCAGGCAUGUGCCCUGACUGGGAAUUGGACUGGCAAACCUUUGGUUCACAGACCGGUGCUCAGUCAACUGAGCCACACCAGCCAGGGCAGAAAGCCUUGAUCUUUUAUAUGGCAUAAUUAUUUAUCCUAAGGAAAAAAUUUGUGAUAUAACAAAUAUGUGAAAGUUGAAUAUAAAAUUUCAUAAAGCUGACAGAAUUGCUUCAUUUUAUUUGUUGAUAAUUAAUUUAGUAUUUAUUACUCUCUUUCACAGUAUGGAUGAUUUUUUAAAUUCUCCUAGUAAAACUCCAUAACAGGCUUUCUCAUAGGAAAUUAAAAUAAUUUAUGGCAGUGACUGACCUUAGGCCUUCAAAGAAAGAAUCACAAGCUAAGAGAAUAAUGGAUUCAUCAGUUUAGUGAAUGGCUCUUCAUUUUAUUUUAUUAUUAUUAUUUUUUUGGCUCUUCAUUUUAAAGGGAUUAUUUAAUUUUCUGCUUUUGGUAUGGGUUUCAACAUAGUUCAUGAUAGAGUAUAAUAAGAUAGAAUUGUAAGUGACGUCUUAUGGGUGAGUUGUAAACUUCAUUUAGGAAGUUUGUGGAUAACUACUUUGGAACUCAAGAUGUCAGAUAAAAGACAUUGCUGGCAGAUAAAAUAAGCUAUUUUCAAAUAACAGUAAACAUAAAGAAGUUUGAAUCUAAAAUAUUUAGAGAAUAAAUAUUAUCAUUCUACAGACUAAUGAGGAACAUGAGGGUGUAAGGUAAUGUAUUUCUACUUUAUGGGUGGAUGUAGGGAAGUAAACCUUGAUGAUAUGGAAACAUAGCUUGAUGAUAUGGAAACAGUUUAAACCAAUUAGAAUCAAGGGCAUUGUCUGGAGAUUAUAAAUAAAAGCAGAUCAGAACAAACGAGUUAGAGUGAAGACUUACAUACGUGCAUGGAGUGCAACAAUGGCUAGUACUUUCACAAUUUCUUUAAUAGUUUAUACUUAUACUAACAAAUACCUGAAAAUUAUUUUUCUUAAGUAUUAAGACAAAUUCCCUUUAAACAAUUUUAAAGUACAGAUUUAGUAUAUUUGAAUACUUCAAACCUUGAACAGAAACAAAUAUAAUAAAAUAUUAAACAUAUUACAUCAAAUCAAGAAUAUAUUAAUAUCAAGCUAAAUUCAUAUAUACAUUUUUUAAUGUAUUUUACGGGGGGGCUUUCAAGAUGGCGAUGGAGUAGGACAGAGUAGAUACCAGUUCCUAGUACAAAAGGUGGAGAAACCUGGCCGAUCGGAGGAGGAGAAGCCAGCAGUUGCCAAGCAUAUAUGAAAAUAAGGGACCAGAAACCUCCACGGUCACGGAGGAACCAGACGGUAGGGAGACAGCAGUGGUACAAUAGUCUUGGGGACAGAGCAAAGAGAAACAGCAAGGAUCUCCACUGGUGCAUGAUUGGGGGACCAGUGCCUGGCGGUGAGUGCCUGACGGUGCCUGGGCCAACGUUCAGCACCCCAACGGCUCCCUCCCUGGGAUUUCUCGGCCGGGCUGGCCAAGCGGCCCAGGCAAAGAGGAGUGGAAGGGAUUUCAGCCUGCUCACAGUUCGGGAGUCCAGUGCCUGGCACUCAGUGUGUCUGGGCGAGUGCCUGACGACACCUGGGCCAAUGUUCAGCACCCGGAAAGCUCCCUCCCUAGGAUUUUUUGCCCGGGACCUGCCAAGUGGCCCAACCAGAGGGGAGCAGAGGGGAUUUCAGCCUGCGCACAGUUCAGGGGUCCAGCGCCUGGCGCGGAGCUGCUCCAUCCCUAGGAUUUUUUGGCCGAGGUUGGCCAUGGGACCCAGACAAACAAAGGAGCAGAAGGGAUUUCAGCCUGCGCACAGUUCAGGGCAUCAGUACACACCACGCAGCAUGCCAUGACCUGUGCACAGAGUUUCUAGGUCGGCGCUCAGUCCUCAGAUCAGCUCCCGGCUUCCAGUACAUCCCCCUGGGGCUAUCUGGAAGCCCUGGGCCUGGGCGCUGAGGGGUCCUGGGGAAAGAGCUGAGACCCUCAACCCCCUCCCUUUCUGGCCAAGCAAGGUGGGGUGCCAGGAGAGACUUGUUUGAUAGAGUUUGCAGAAAGGAUACUGAGGACAAAGGGCCCCAACUGAGGACUCUGUGGUUGCCAGCCCAGGAGAACUGACAGGUACAGUGUGGGGCUCUGAAUGCAAUAGACACAACAGCCUGGUCUGCUCCACACCCAGCUUGGCAGCGAACCCAAGAUUAGGCAGAGGGCCUAGAGCUUCCCCACAGAAUGGGGGCAGGUCUGUGCUCAAUCCCAAGGGAACCAGGCAACUAGGCUGGUGCAGGUGCCCCCAAACACCGUAAACCAGUCCAUGGCGGUACCCCUGGGAGAGGAGCGCUGUGAGGAAGUCCUAGUUCCCCAUUGUAGGGAGCUGGGGAGAGGCACCAAGUGUCUGGCUCCUGAGAGGGGCUGGCAGAAAAAAUCACAGCAAUCCACCGUCACCCAACUGCAGCCAGAAAAACCGAUUUGGCUACUUUGAA